AGCGGGCUUUCGUGUGUUUAAAUAUACUCAACAUAUUUGGCUCAUCCCUUUCAAACUGGGCACAAUCUCUUCUUUGGGGAAUUUAUUGUUUUGAUGCUUGGUUCUUCUUGUCUUUCAGCUAAAUAAAAGUAGAUUUAUGAAAUUGUCAGUAAAUAUGCCAAAAAAGCGAGGAAGAGAAGUCUGGACCAUGAGCUGUCAGCGUGCAGAUCUCUUCUUUUUUCUCUGAGUGCUGAGAGAUGACGGCUUUGGAUUUCAAAUGAUGGGGGCUGACAUGAUACGAGACUUUCAACAAUCUGCAAUAACGACCUUCUCUGAGACCCCCGCAUGCUGUCAGGUUGUAAAUGUGUCUCAGGUGAGAACAGAUUCUUUUGGCACACGAAAAAUGUGUUACCUAGCAACUCCCCCCUCAACUCCAGUGUCCUAUCAACAGUCAGCUUGGAGGUAUCUCUGGAGAUGCAACCGUCCCACACCCCACCUACAAAGGACUGGUUCAGUUCGCAUCCACAGGCCUCAUGACCCCAUCCUGGACAAACAACAGCUUCAUUCUUUGCACCGCUGCUGACCUUAUUGUCUCUUUGUGAGGGGAAAAUCCAGAGUUGCAUUCUGUUAAAUGGCAAACUGCUCAUCAGCUGUGUGCAGGACGGACUUCCAUACCUCCGGUGCAGGCGUGCAGAUGAGCACGGACACCGCCGGCUUCUCCUCAGGACCGAGCGCAAGGAAAACAUGAGUCUUGAUGGAGAUGCGUUAUCAGUGAUUGAGAACCCAGUAGCUGUCAAUCAUCAUUUUCCCUCAGAAGCAACAACAGCCGUUGUGGGGGCCAAAGGAGUCCAGGGCUGGUUAAAGGGCGUCCACUCCACGACUCACGCUCACAGACUGGUGAGGCUGCUGGCAGCGGUGUGUGCAGUGGGACUUCUGGGAGGCGUUGUUGUUGGCGUCUGGUUUUUAGUCAAGCUUCUAAUGAGGCCGUCCUCUUCCCAAACACCAGUGGGCCUUGGGGACACAAAGGAAACGCCUUUCUGCAACGUAACCGAGGACGUUUCUAUCACUGACCCGAGGAAAGUGUUUUACAGAAUCAGCCCAGAGAACUCCCUCCUGGAGAUCCAGAUGGAGAAGCUGCCUACCUGGCUGCCAGUGUGCUAUGAUAGGUGGAACUCCUCCCUGGGAACGCUGGUCUGCAAACAGCUGGGUUAUCUAAGGCUCACCAAGCACAAAGGAGUAAAGCUCACAGAUAUUGGGCCGAACUACACUGAUGGCUUCAUACAAAUCACUGCAGAGCACAGAAGCAGCCUGGAAAGUUUGUGGCAGUUCAGGAGGAGCUGCAGCACAGGGAAGGUGAUCGCUUUGCAGUGUUUCGAGUGUGGGACGAGAGCAAAGCUGCCCAGGAUAAUAGGGGGAGCUGAGGCGGCGCUGGGCAGGUGGCCCUGGCAGGUCAGUCUGUACUACAGCAGCCGCCACACCUGCGGAGGCUCCAUCAUCACCCGUCAGUGGAUAGUCACAGCUGCCCACUGUGUGCACAACUACAGGCUACCUCAGGUGUCCAGCUGGGUGGUCUAUGCGGGCAUCGUGACCCGCAGCUCGGCUAAAAUGGUUCAACACACGGGACACGCAGUGGAGAAGAUCAUCUACAACAAGAACUACAACCACAGGACCCAUGACAGCGAUAUAGCGCUGAUAAAGCUGCGGACACCGCUCAACUUCACAGACACAAUCAGGCCCAUCUGCCUACCUCAGUAUAAGUAUGAUCUGCCAGGUGGAACACAAUGCUGGAUUUCUGGAUGGGGAUACACAAAGCCUGAUGAUGUUCAGUCACCUGACACCCUGAAAGAAGCGCCGGUGCCUUUGAUAAGCACUAAGAAGUGCAACAGCUCCUGCAUGUACAAUGGAGAGAUCACGCCGCGGAUGCUUUGUGCGGGAUACACAGAAGGAAAGGUGGAUGCGUGUCAGGGAGACAGCGGGGGUCCUCUGGUUUGCCAGGAAGAUACUGUAUGGAGGCUGGUCGGGGUUGUCAGCUGGGGUACGGGAUGCGCUGAGCCAAACCAUCCGGGGGUUUACACCAAGGUGGCUGAAUUCCUGAGCUGGAUUUAUGAGAUGAUUGAGAAUUACUGAGAAAGGAGCAAGACAUGAGAGCAAAGGAAGGCCACCGAUAUUUUAUCAGAAACAUAUGCUUAUAUAAUAUAUUUUUAUGCUUUAAAUGUCAUUGAUAUAUUGUUUAAUAAGACAGUGUGGAAAUAAGAGCAUUUUUUGUCAUAUUUUUCACGUUUUGACUACAUUAAAGCCUCUUGAACACA